GCGUCGCUCAGCAGCCCUGGGUUUCACCCCCCCUUCCCUUCUCCUCUCCCCAGGUGGCAGCUCUAAGGUUUCACCCUCCCCGCAGGUCUGGGCCGAGGAGCCCGUUGGCCGCGGCGAGGGACACGUAUUUACCGUUGGCGGACGCACGCUUAGGUUUCCCAGGUGCGCCUGGCGUCGGGGACCAUGCAGAGUCUGGGCGCUGGCAGGAGGCAGAGCUGCAGGAGCGAGGUCCUGGCCUGAAGCGGAGGAUGGAGGCUCGGAGCGGCGUGGGCAGCGCUCUCUCUGCAGACAGGAGGGCUGCAGCACACUUCACAGCUCCAUCCAGGACGUUCUGGAUCAUCGUGUCCAUUGCCUCGUUUUUCGCAGUUGUUGGCAUCAGCGUUGUGGGGGUUCUCAGCUUCUCCCCCAGCUCUGCCCAGGCUGGCUCUCAGCUCAUCCGGUUGACACUCCAGGGCCAGCAAGACCCGCUGAGGAAUCAGACAGCCUUGGUGGACGAGUCCCGGAGCACCGUGACCUACUACAUAACCUCGCAGAGUAACCACACCGCCGUGGUGCUGUACGACAGCAGGAACGGCUACGUGUGCUACAAACCCAUGGAGCAGCAUGCAUGCUACCUGAGGAGGAUGGACGCCUGGGACCGCCAGAGCCUACAGACACCUCUCAACACGUCUGAGCUGAGAGCUGAUCAGAUGCUACGUCAGAACAACCAGACCAAGUACUACCGGGAGUUCCUGGGCAUUCUGGUGGGGGAACAGGUGGACCCCAAAAGCCUGGGGGAGUCUGUCCAGACCAUGUGUGAGCAGACAUCCAUCUUCUGGGUCAGGAGAGGGGAGGGUCCGGGGAAGCAGCGGCUGAUCUACCUUUGCAUUGACAUCUGUUUUCCAAGCAACAUUUGCGUGUCUAUCUGCUUCUAUUACCUCCCCGAGUAAGUCCUGCAGCCGCAGACGCCCUCUUGCUGCUCUACAUACUUGAACUGGAUUCCUGAAAAGCCUCUGAUUUCAACA